AUGUAUCUUUCAUCUGAUAUAACUAGCCAUGAAGAUAUGGAGAUGAUGUCUCCAUUACAGUCUCUGAUUGGCUGCAUAGCACACUGCACACCUAAAGUAUCUUCUUCUUCUAAAAAUAUUGGUGGCUUCUCCCAUAAUUCUGGAAAAUCAGUCUAUAGUCCUCGCCUUCCCCAAGACCUUAUGGGCAUUGAAGAACUUGGUAUAGAAGCUUAUCAUAUACAGACUCUCAAGCACAAGUUCAAUAACACAGCCUUGAUCAAGGAAUCUGUUAUUCUCCUUGUAGAUUAUAUUCAUGCCAAUUGUUCUACCAAUCGAAUCUACCAAUUGGAUCAGCACUUGUUCAUUGCAUGA